AUGAUGGAACAGGAAAAAAAGCCGAGGAGGGAAAAAGAAGAACCCUCUAUCAUCUCAACAAGUAUGGUUUAUGAUGAAAAGGAGAAUCAAAAUGAAAAGGAAAAUCAAAAUGAAAAUGAAAAUGAAAAACAAAAUGAAAAACAAAAUGAAAAACAAAAUGAAAAACAAAAUGAAAAACAAAAUGAAAAUGAAAAAUUAACACAGGUUGAAAAUAAAUGUGAAGCAUUGCCUGAACAUAAUUGCAAUACACAUGCUAACAAAUCAGAUAAUAUUUGUAUACAAAAUUCAAAUGUGUUAAAAUGUGAAGAAAUCCAAAAUAAUAUAGAUAGCAAGCUAAGCCUUAGUACCAAUUUGUAUGAACAAAAUUAUAAAUAUAAUACAAAUUUGUAUGAACAAAAUAUGGAUGAUUGUAACAUUGUAGAUAUAAAAUAUGAUUUAAAUAAUCCAGUUAAAAAAAAUAACAUUUUAAUAAAUAAUAUAGAAAAAGAAGAAAUAGUGGAACCAAACGAUGAAGGUAAUGAAAAUAGUUUUAUAGAUACAAGCACAAAUAAGAAUGAAGAAAUAAAUAAUGAAAAAAUAAAUAAUGAAGAAAGUAAUAUUAAGCUUAUUUCAAAUCAAAAAGAUAAAAAUAUAUGUGAUAUUAUUAAUACAAAUAAUAUUGAAGUUGAAAAAAGAGAGGAUACAAACAUAAAAGAAAAAUUGAGAAAUGAAGAAAAAUUGAGAAAUGAAGAAAAAUUGAAAAAUGAAGAAAAAUUGAGAAAUGAAGAAAAAUUGGAAAAUGAAGAAAAAUUGAAAAAUGAAGAAAAAUUGGAAAAUGAAGAAAAAUGUCUAACAAAUUUUAAUUAUAAUAAUGAAUCAAAUAUAGUAGAAAAAUAUUGUGAACAAAAUAAAAAUAUAAUAGACGAUGCAACAGAAAAAAAUCGACGUAUUAUAGAAAUGUAUGAAAAAAAACUUGAAACUGAAAUUAGUCAAAAAGAAAAAAAUAUAGAUGGGCUUAUAGAAUCAAGUAAUAAAUCUGAUGGUAAUGUGUCAGAUAUUAGUGCAAAAAUGAGGGAAAGUAUUUCCAAAAUAUUUAGAGAAACUCCAUCAUCAAAACCUAAAAUUAUAAAUGAAAUAAAAAAAAAUGAUAAUGAUGAAAGUUUUGAAAAUGAAGAAAAUUUUGAAAAUAAUAAAAAUGAAGAUAAAAAUAAAAAUUUUUUCAAAGAUGAAGGAAAUCUAAGUAAUGAUAAUGGAAGUAUGAGUCGAGAUUGUCGUGAUAAUAAGCCAAGCUUCUCUCGAAAUACUUUAAAAGAGGGAAGCCUUUUGAGGCUUUUUCGAUGUGAAUAUUUUGACACUCAUUUACAUAUUAGAUAUUUAUAUGAUAGAAAAGAAGUAGGAGUACAUGAAUAUUUAGUUAAUUCAUUAUAUACACAAAGAAACCCUGAAGAUAUAUUAUUUUAUUUACCUCAAUUAUGUCAAAUAUCAUUAGUACGAUAUGAAUCAUCAUCUCUUUAUCGAUUCCUUUUAGAUAAAGCUAGCAAAUCUAUGCAUUUUGCUUUAAAAUUAAAUUGGAUAUAUAAUUCAAUAGUUGAAGAUAAUAUACCUAAAUAUAAAGAAAUAUCUCAAAAAAUGAUACAAGAAAUUGAAAUGGCUGUAGUUAAUUGUAAACCAUUAAAUAAUGAAUGUAAAAUAUUUAAAGAAAAUAAACAGUCUGAUCUUCUUAUUUUAGCAUAUCCACUUUUAUUUAAAAGAAAAUUUAUUAUAAAAAAAAUAAGAGCAAAUGAAAAAAUAAAUCAAAUUAAAAAAUUUAACAAAUUUAUUAGUAAUUCUUAUAGUUUAAAAGGACUUAUCGAAAGUAACCCGAUAGAAAAAACAAAUACAUUAUUGUCUGGAAAUAAUUCAGAUAAAAUAUUAAAAGAAAUGUGUUUUUGUUCAAAUUAUGUUAAUAAUACUGAUCAGAAAAAUACUGAUAUAAUUAAUGUAGAAAAGAUGGAUGAGAAAAUGAAAGAUCCUCAAUCAAUAUAUUCUAAUUCUGAGCAUAUUAAUGAAGAGUGUGAAAAAAAUAAUUAUCUCGGUGCAAAGGAAAAAUAUAACGGUGUUUGCCCUAAAUGUGCACAUAUUUUUGAGAUAAAAAAAGAAAAAAAAGAUAAAAAAAAAAAUAUAACUUUAUCACCCCAAUUGCCAUCAUGCUAUAUAAUAAAUUCAGGAGCUUUAUCUGUAGCAUCUGCGAAAAUAAAAUUGCCAAGUACUUAUGCAAAAUUAGGAGAUCCAUUAAGCUUUUCCAAAUUUUCACUUCCCGAUUGCAAUUAUAGUUUUGAUAUGAUUGAAGAAUUACAACAAUUUUUUAUGAAACAAAGAAGAUGUGAUUAUUUUAGUUUGCUGAACAAUUUUAUAAAUAUAUUAAUAACAACAUCUAAUUUGUUAGCAAAUGAACCUGAUAUCGAUAUAAGAAACACAUUACUAAACAAAUUUAUAUAUUCCUUAAAUACUUGGAUGGUUAUGAGAAGAUGUAUAGUAGCUUCUUGUGAAAAUAUUUUUUCCAUGACGGGUUUAUGUAUACCAAUGGAAUCAAUAUCUUCUAGUAAAUCCGAUAGAUGUGGAUCAAGAAGAAAACACAAAAAAAAUUCCAAACAUUUACAAAUAUUACAUUUUAAUAAUGAUGAAUGUAAAAUAUUUUUUUCAAAAAAAAGAGCACCAUAUUUAUUGGUUUUUGAAGUAGCAGAUUUGGAUGAAGAUAUUUCACACAUUAGUGAUAAUACAUUUUAUGUGAGUAAUAGAUUAUUUAAUAUAGAAAAUGGUAAAAGUGAAAAAAAUGAAAAAAAUGAAAAAAGUGAAAAAAGUGGUAGAAAUGACAAACAUGGUGAAAAUUGUGAAAAUUGUCAAAAUUGCCAAAAUUGCCAAAAUUGCCAAAAUUGCCAAAAUUGGCAAAGUGAUAAAAAUUGGCAAAACGAAUCAGGGGUGAAAAAAUAUUUGAGUGAUGAUGAACAUUCAAAUAAUGAAAAAAGUGAUGAAGAACUGAAACAUAAUAAUUAUAUUCUUACAAAAAAUUAUGGAGGAUAUAAUGAAAACAGCAGUUCAUAUGAAUGUGAAAUGAAAUCUAGUUACGAAGAACAAAAUAAAAAAAUAAUAAUAAAUAACAAUAAUAAAAACAUAGGAAGGGGUAAUGGAAAUCGUUACUAUGAAUCAAAUGAAAAUUCAUAUCAAUAUUAUGAUGAUAAAAAUUAUCAAGAAAUUUAUAAUUAUAAAAAAGAACAAAUUAACAAACUAAAUAGUAAUACAAAUAGUGUUAAUGAUGAUCCUAGUGAAAUUAGUAGUACCAAUAGCAGUUGCAAUUCUUCCAAAGAUUUAAACGUAAUAAAAAUGAACGAUCUUUAUGUAUAUAAUGCUAUAGUAAACGAUUUAAGGAGAGAAAAUUUAAUAUCUUUUACAUCUGAAGAAGAAGAAAAUAUCUAUCUUAUAAAAAAAUGUAUUGGAUUAGCAGAAGAAAAAUCAAAUGAUGGUUAUAGUGACAAAGAAUAUGAUAACAAUGAAAUGGGAAGAAGGAGAUCAAGACAAAAUAAUAAUAAAAACGAAUUAAAUAGCGAAUCUAAUGAUUCAUCUACAGAAGGAAUAAAAACAAAUAAAUUUUUAAACACUAGAUCUGCAUCUAUGCCUAACUAUUUAAACAACUCGAAAUCCACUGAUAUUACAUCUACUAAAUGUUCUCCUGUUAAUAAUAAUGAUGAUGAAAAUGGUCAUAUAAAUGAUAUGUGUGAAUAUAAUGAAGGAGAUGGUAACUCCAAAAAUAUUCAAACUACCGAACAAGACAAACCAACUCAAGAUCAUGAAAAUGGAGAAACAUAUGAUAAAAAUAACAAAAAAGAAAUAAGUUCAAUAAAUAAAAAUUUAAUAAAAAGAAUUGGAAAUAAUAAUAAUAAUGGGAAAAGUGAUGGAAAGCAUUCUAGUGUAUUAUCAUCACAUUCUCAUAAUACACGAAAUUUUUAUUAUUCUACAGAACUACCUUCCAUGUUACCAGAUAUAAGCGAAUAUUUUAAAGUAGAAAAUUAUUUAAAUGAUGAAUUUAAAAAAAAAAAUUGUAAAAUUAUAAAAACAUUAUUAUGGGGAGAAUUAUUUGAAGAUAAAAAAAAAAAAAUUAGAAAAAUAUCACCUUAUGGCAAAUUAAGAUCUUGGGAUCUUAAAUGUGUCAUAGUAAAAGGUGGUGAUGAUUUAAGACAAGAAUUAUUAGCUUCUCAAUUAAUUAAACAAUUCAAAAUUAUAUUUGAUAAUGCUGGUUUGCCAUUAUGGUUACGCCCUUAUGAAAUAUUAGUCACUGGAUCUAAUUCAGGGAUAAUUGAAUUUGUCCAUGAUACUUGUUCAGUUGAUUCACUAAAAAGAAAGUUUGGUACAGAUAGUAUUUCAACGAUUUUCAAUAUCGUCUUUGCAGAUUACAUAUUUGAGGCCAAAAAGAAUUUUAUAGAAAGCCAUGCAGCAUAUUCCUUAAUUUCAUAUUUAUUACAAGUAAAAGAUAGACAUAAUGGAAAUAUGCUAUUAGAUUCAUAUGGACAUCUAAUACAUAUAGAUUAUGGAUUCAUGUUAACAAAUUCGCCGGGUAAUGUUAAUUUUGAAACAUCACCUUUCAAAUUAACUCAAGAAUAUUUAGAUAUUAUGGAUGGAGAAAAUUCAGAUAAUUAUGAAUAUUUUAGACGACUUAUUGUUAGUGGAUUUUUAGAAGCUCGCAAACAUUCUGAAGAAAUUAUUCUCCUUGUUGAAUUAAUGAUGCCAGCUUUAAAAAUGCCAUGCUUUUCGAAUGGAACACAGUUUUGCAUAGAUUCCUUAAAAGAACGAUUUAUGACAAAUUUAACUGUUGACGCGUGUAUCCAACGAAUUAACACGUUAAUUGAAACCUCUAUCAACAACUUCCGAAGUAUUCAAUAUGAUUAUUUUCAACGAAUAACAAAUGGAAUUAUGUAA